GUUGCCAGGCCUGGAAUUCUUUGAGUGCUUUGAGAGGAGGUGUGGAGUGGAGCCCUCUGCGACUUGGUUGUAUCUAGUGAGCUGUGUGUGGUUGUAUCAAAUUUUACUGUACUGUGUAUAUGUGUAUGUAUCAGUGUGUGUAAGAGAGUGUGUGUUGACAGAUUGGCCUGUGUGUGAGUGCGUGUACACUUUUGCCUGUGUGUUUGUCAGUAUAUGUAGGAGUGUGUGAGUUUACAGGUUUGUAUGUGUGUAUGUGUUUGUAUGUGUGUAUGUCUUCUUGUGCGUAUGUGUAUCCCUGUGUGUAUGUGUGUAUGUGUCUGACGUGUGUUUUUCUAGGUUUGCUUGUGUGUAAGUAUGCGUGUUUUGUGUGAAUCUGGGUGUUUGUAAGAGUUUGUGUGAGUAUAAGUUCACUUCUGUGUAUUUCUGUGUGUGUGCCUGUGUGUGUGCCUGUGCCUGUGUGAGUGCCUCUGUGUGUGUGUGUGUGUGUGUGUGUGUGUCUGUGUGUGCACGUGCCCAUCCCCUUUUGCCCCUUGUAUCUAUAUUACCUGCACCUCAGUGCAAGAGAGUGUAGAGGCCAGAAGUCACCCCGGCUGCUGUUCCUGAGGUAGCCUUAGUACUGAUAAAAUGCCUACAGAGACUGAGGAGGAGUUACCAACCCCUACACCCGAGCCCAGUAUCUCUGAAGAGGGCAACUUCCAUUCCCAAUAACAAGUACUGGGGACAAUUGGGCAAGGGGGCAACGCCAAAGUCCUCCUGGCCCACCACCGGGUCACAGGAACCCCGGUGGCUGUCAAAGUUCUGCGAAAGGACAAGCAGUGGUUCCAGCCAGCCAUGAUGGAAGCAAACAUAAUGAGAAAGAUCAACCACCCCAACAUAGUGUCUCUCAUACAAGUUAUUGAAAAGGAAACGAGAAUAUACCUCAUAAUGGAGCUGGUGGAAGGCCAAGAACUCUACAAGUACAUCAGAGAGUCAGGGCACAUAGAGGAGGAUGAGGCCCGGCAAAUAUUUGAACAGAUAUUGUCAGCAGUGAGCUACUGCCAUGGAAAGGGGAUUGUUCACCGAGACCUCAAACUAGACAAUAUAAUGACUGAUAAAAACAAAAAGGUCAAAGUCAUCGACUUUGGGCUUAGCACCCAAUUUCAACCUGGAAAAAUGCUAAACCACCACUGCGGCACGUACUCUUUUGGUUCCCCUGAACUCCUCCUUGGCCAUCGGUAUGACGGGCCGAAGAAUGAUAUGUGGAUUAUAGGAGUGGUCUUGUACUGUAUGGUAGUGGGAAAGCUCCCAUUUGAUUCAGUGAUCAUCCAAGAACUGCAAAGACAAGUAGUGGCAGGGGUAUAUCCUGCUCCCUGUGGGGUUUCAAAAGAACUGGAGGACCUCCUUAGUAAAUUAAUGAGGGUAAAUCCCAACUUUAGACCAACAGCAAGAAAGGCGAUGAAACACCCUUGGUUCAAAGAACACUGGAAUGGAUUGAUAGGUCCCUAUGAAGAAAUGCUUCCCCUCACACCAGACCCGGCCAUUUUGGAUGCCAUGAAAAGCAUUGGAUUCCAAGCCUCUGUAGUAAAACACUCUUUAAAACAAAGAAAAUAUAAUGAGGAAAUGGCAACUUAUUUCUUUUUACAAAAGCAGGCUCUCCAGGGGGAUGGCUGCACAGCCCAGGCACAGCAAGUGAGUCCCGUUGUAGCCCCAUUUCCUAGCCUUGAUCCUGCUGCUGCUUUUAGAUUAGAACCAAAGAGGAGUGGAAGCCUGCCAGUCCUUGGCACCUUGCGGGUGUCAUCCUCCCAUGGUCACGUAUCUCACUAUGGCCAGAAUGCUCAUCCAAAAGGAGGCAAAAGAUCCACUGUGGCUGGUCGUCUCAGGCCUCUACCGAUGACACCUACACAGGACCACUAUCACAAAUGUGCCGUGAGUGUCCCAUGCAUUCAAACAACAAGCAUCUUCACUGAGAAGAGUAGCAAUAAGGAAAUCAAAGAAGACAACCCACUCUCCCACAGAACCCCAUUUGAGGAUAGGCCCAUCCCCAGCAGGGUCCGGCACAGAGGUUUUAAGGGGUGGACCAGGAAUAUAGCAAAUGCCCUGAUAAAGCUGUGUUGCUGCAUGCCAAGGAGAAAGAAACCUCGCCUGGGGCAGAACAGAAUCUCCCCCCAGAAAUGAGCCACAGGGAGAGUCCAGAGAACAAGCAGCAGGCAUAGCCCAGUGUCAUCUGGAAAUUCUUGCAUGUCCUCAGUAUAAACAGUAGGUGAUUUCAGACACAUGGCAAUGGAAAAGACACCAGCAGAAACUACAGCAGCAACAGGAGUAGCAACAAUAGCAGAAGCAGCAAAGGCACAGCAGCAGCAGGAGGAGGAGAACGAGGAG